AUGGCAAUGGGAAGGUCGGUCAUCAUCCUGACCGGCGCCCCAGAGGCCGACCGGCUGGACUGGGACAGCCCUGACCUCCUCCAGACUUUCCAAGACUCCAUUGCAGCUUUCGCGGGCCUUUCGAAGCAGUCGAAACAUGAUCCUCCACUAUCUACAGCGUCUCAGGACAGAUCUCUCUUGGACAUCCCCCUAUGGCGCUCCCUCUCGCUGCAGCGCACUCACAUCCCAACCGGUUUCUCCCAGUAUCACGAUCUGAACAUCGUGAACAAUUUCCCCUCCAGCGCCGACUUCCUCACCACCGCCGGCAUAUCCUUCGACGCCGCUUCCCAGGGCCUGAGCCAGGACGACUCCGCCGGCCACGAGAGCAAGCUGCUGGCCGAGUGGUAUGAGCACUCGCUCGCGCUGCACGACGACCUGGUCUCGUCCCAGCUCGUGCCGCACGACUCCCAGGCCCACCACGGCAGCGGCGAGCACGAUUCCCCCGCAGGCGGCGCCACCGAAACCUCCAAGUCUACUUCAUUCCUGACGACCAGCGACGAGGGCGACUCCACGACGGUCCUCACUAACGCCGCCGACGACGCCACUAUCGUCGUGAGGACGCCCCUCCAGCCCGGCCGGCAGCGCACCGGCCGCCCCUCCGCGGCGGACCACCUCUCGGACCUGGAGGACAUCCCGCCCGCCCGGUACCUCGAGUCGAUCCGGCCGCAGACCAUGACGGUGACGCUCAUCGCGGGCAUCAUCAGCAUCGCGGCCCCGCGGGCGGUGGAGACGCGCUUCGGCAGCGCCAGGACGCUGGUCGAGGUGCUCGUCGGCGACGAGACCAAGUCGGGCUUCUCGGUGACGUUCUGGCUGCCCGGCGGCGGCGAUGGCGCCUCGUCAAGCCCGCUGGCCGGCCUCAGGGCCCAGGACAUCGUGCUCAUGCGCAACGUCGCGCUCAACGUCUUCAGGGGCAAGGUCUACGGCGGGAGCCUGCCGCGCGGCAUGACGGGGGUGUACCUGCUGCACCGCGGGCGGAGGCUGGGGCCCGGCGACGACGGCGGGCACUACGCGGCCGCUGACCUGGCCGGGGCCGGGAGGCGCGGGGCGAAGCAGCAGAAGGUCCACCCGCAGCUGGACAAGACGAGGCGGGUGAGGGACUGGGUGCUGAGGUUCGUGGGCGGUCCUGGCAGGCCUGCUGGCGCUGGCGAUACCGGUGGUGGUGGCACUCGGAGGUCGACGCGGACGAGGAAGAGGCCUGCGCCUAGGGAUUGGAACUUGCCUCCGCCUUUGGACUCGCAGUGA